CUCUCAAUGUAAAGUAACACUUUUAACAAAACGCUUCUUGCCCUGUACGGAAGGGAAGGAUAUAUGUAUGCAGCGCCCGCACCACCUUUGAUUGAAUCUUUUCUGAGUCGCGUUUGAACUCCACUAAAAUGCAUCAUGCAUAACUUUGUUCUUCUUGACCACCUUGUACAAAAAUGACUUCUAAUGCAAAGCGGAAAACAUUUGGACCGCCUGCUUCAGUGAAUGGUGGGAUUCUUUCAUCCGAGUUAGCAGGUCAACAAGGCGGUGCUCCAAGUACAUCAAAGCGAACGAGAUUUGAUGUACCGUCAUCCACAGCAGAAGAAGAUACAGCGGGAGAUUUGGAUAUUGAAGAACAAGAUAGAAAACGAUUACAACAAGGCAGAAAAGGAAGAGUGGUAACGGAUGGAUAUGAUAGUGAAGAUAGUAGUGGAGAUGAAGGAUCAGAUGCAGAAGAGCUUGAUCAGGUCAAAGAUGACGACAAAGAGGAGGAAGAUGAAGAUAUGUUCAAUCUGGAUCAAGCACCUGGAAGUGGAGAUGAAGAUGCCAAAUCAAAGGGAAACAAGAAGAAAUACCUCGAACUAAACGAUAUUGAAGGGCAAGAAUUCUCAGAUGAUGAAUCAGGAAAGGACAAAGAGGAGGGAGAUGCUGAAUUUGAAUUAGAGGAUGAUGAAGAGGAAGGUGAAGGUCAGGAUGCAGAAGCAGGAGACGAGAACCUACACGACCCCGAAGCAGUUGUGAGACCGUUGAAAAAGUCAGGAAAGAAAGGAAAAGGUCCCGAAUCAAAAGAGAUGGGAUUUCAAAUUGAGAAAUUCAACAUGAAAAACGAAAUGGCUACCGGCCGGUUUGACGAAGAGGGAAAUUAUAUUGAGAAUGCCAAAGAUCCUCAUGCCGAGCACGACAAAUGGCUGUCGGGUAAUUAUAAUCGGAAGAAUAUCAAAGCGGCAAAAGAAGCACAAGAGCGAAGGAUGCAAGAAGCCAAGAUGAAGGAAGAAAGGAGAGAAUUCGCCGAUCUUGAUGAAGAUGAAUGCAAGAUGUACUUGGUGGGCUAUAUGCUGAAGGGUGAGAGUGUGUUGGAAGCACUGCAAAGGCUAGGCGCACAACAAAAGAAGAAGUCCAAGGCAGGAAAGAAGACCAAAGCAAAAGAGGCUGAAAUGGUUGUAGAUAAUUCUGAAGAUCUAGAAAGGGUCAAAGCAGAUUUGAACAAGAUCACUGCCUUAGCAUCAGAGUUGAUGUCAAGGUUUGGACUUGUGAACGUAUAUGAAGCCACAUACGAAAGCCUACUGAGAGAUGUACAGAGGUCAGGAUUGGUACGAUCCACUUGGGAUCCUGCAGCUGAGAAGAGUAAUGGUGCCGGAAAGGAUGCAAGUGGCACAAUUGCCUACGUAUACAAAUGGUCACCUGCUUACUUGAAAGCAAUGUCGGAACAAUCGGGACAAGAAACAGAUCCUGAAACAGCAAAACAGACGUUUGGACCUUUCAAUGUUACAGAUCUACUAUCGUGGAAGAAAGGUGGAUAUUUUGGCGAUGAUGGUGAGCGUAUUCAAUUACAGCCUGAAGGUCAGAAUGAUUCGGAAUGGUCAUCAUGGCAAGAUGUAUUCGGAUAGAAGAAAGUGUAACAAUAAAAGUUGUAAUUGUAUCAGACUACUUACUGUAUGUAUUUUAUGCAGCUGACAAAACGCGACUUGAGGCAAUUGACGCGUCCAAAAGACCAACAC